UACCAUAAUUGACCUUUAGCGAGGGUGUGUGCGUUGAGCAAGUCUAUUAGUAUUACUAUUAGUACUAUAACCGUGUAGGCGAAAUACGCGCCUGUGUGUUUGUGUGCGUGUGUGUCUAUCUAUCUGUACAAGUGUGCAUAAAUUUCGUACAACGAACGAUAGCGCAUCGAUCAGUGAAAUACGCCGUGAGUUUGAGACCGAGGCUGGCCACGAGGCUGCUGUCUAGAGCGUACCGAUCGCAUCGUUGUUGGGAGUCGAUCGAGCCGCGGCCAUGAACACUACUACUACUAGUAACUGUAGGUGCAAUGAGUGCGUCAAGCAGACGGCGCCUGCCGGUGGUGAAGACUGCUGUGAGGAGAGAGACGAUGGCGUGAAGGCCACCGAUCUCAUUCAGUGUCUGGCGCUAGUGCCAAAGUAUCCGCGAACGACGGCCCACGAUGCGCCGACUAGGCGCAUGAAGAUUGACCUUCUGCUCUCUGAGCUGAAACUAUCAGAUGAAACCUAUGGCAAAGUUCGGGACUUGAUGAUGACAGCUUUCAACCGGGGUCUAGGCAGGAAGGACAAUGCGACGGCCGCUGUCAAGAUGUUCCCAUCCUACGUACGCUCAAUACCCGAUGGCACUGAACGAGGAAAGUUCUUGGCGUUGGAUCUCGGCGGGACAAACUUCCGUGUGCUAUUAAUAGAACUCGAGCCGGGAUCAGAGGUACUGAUGAAGAGCAAGAUCUAUGCUAUCCCACAAAGGAUCAUGGUCGGCACAGGCAAGGGUUUGUUCGACCACAUCGCCCACUGUUUGGCGAUGUUCAUCCGCGAGCACAAGCUGGAGAACGAGACCCUCCCUCUCGGCUUCACCUUCUCGUUCCCUUGCCGGCAAGAGGGCUUGACGGCAGCCAGGCUGGUGAAGUGGACGAAGGGUUUCAGGUGCUCGGGCGUGGAAGGAGAGGAUGUCGUCAGGCUCCUGCGUGAAGCCGUCGCGAGAAAGAGGGCGUCAGAACCUGCUGUCUGUUGCCAGCAGGAGUACGAUAUCGACGUCGUCGCCCUCGUUAACGACACCGUCGGGACGCUCAUGGCCGUCGCACACAGAAAUCCGAAAUGUUUGAUCGGACUCAUCAUAGGCACAGGCACAAAUGCCUGUUAUAUGGAGCAAUUGGACAAUGUUGAGCUAUGGAAUGAAGAUUACAAUGAGCCAAAAGAGGUGAUAAUAAACACAGAAUGGGGAGCAUUCGGUGACGAUGGUGACCUGGACUUUAUGUUGACUUCUUUCGACCACGAGGUGGACAAGGGGACACUUAAUCGAGGAAAGCAGCUAUAUGAGAAGAUGAUAUCUGGCAUGUACAUGGGAGAGGUGGCCCGCCAAGUUCUCGUGAAACUUGUCGAAGAGAAGCUACUGUUCAGCGGCGAGCUCUCAGAGGAACUAAGCACGCGCGGGAAUUUCUACACCAAAUACAUAUCUGAAAUUGAAAGCGACCCGCCAGGAGACUACACGAACGUCAAGCAGGUACUGGAGGAGUUGGAUAUCACAAACUACACGGAUGAGGACUGCCAGGUCAUCAGGGAGACGUGCGAGGUCGUCUCGUCGCGAGCAUCUUACCUAUGCGCAGCCGGUUUGGCCGCGCUGCUACAGAAGAUAAAUCGGGACGAAGUUAGUGAUGCGCUGUGGACGGCUCCGAGAAUAAAUCGACCACAACUCGUAGACCCAGUCAUGAAGUUUCACAUCCAGCUAUCGCUCGACGGCAGCGGCAUCGGUGCUGCCAUUGUCGCCGCGGUGGCCGUCCGGAUGACCAACGCUAAGCUGGCGAUGCUUAACGAUCACGUGUAGAGAGACAGACGCACUCGCGCGACUUGUAGUGGGAUUCGGGCAACAGCAGCAGCAGCCAGUAAAUCGCACGUCCACCGCCCGCACACAGUUUUCCACUUCGGGAACACAGCCUGCUAUGUGUGUGUGUGUGUGUGUGUGUGUGUGUGUGUGUGUGUGUGUGUGUGUGUGUGCGUGCGUGCGUGUACAGUGUUCGUACGUGUAUCUGUGUGUGUGUAUGUGUGCGUACGUGCGUAAGUGUGCGUGCGUGUACGUGAGGCACAGGCAAGCACGAGUCCCCACAGAAUGCUAUGCUGCAUGAUUGGGAUGGAAUUCUGCCUGUGGCCAAUCCGCUGUCCUCUAUUCUAGAGUUUUUUCGUCGCUUGCCGUUGUCGCUCGCCCCGCGUCUUCUUCGCUAGGCGAGAAAGUGUGCCGGCUUGUUAGCAGAACUAGGAAAUUCAGUGUCUCCCGGUAGCCGCUCGCGAUUCGACCCCUUGAAGGUCGCCGAAGGACGGUGAGCUGUGAGAUGGCUAUAGUAGCCGUGUGCGGUCUCCACGUGUGAUGUCGGAGUUUAGCGGCAACGACGGUCACUUCUUUCUGGGAUUACAUCCACCAGAAUGCUCGCGUAGUUCUUCUGAAAUGCAGGAGAUGCACGCCUCGUCGUAAUGUGGGCGUUUAGUGAUCAACGAUCGAUCAACUUUUUUUUCCAGCCGGGGUUUUUUUUUCUCGUGUACAAUUGUAAGUAAGGUCAUGUUUAAUCUCACGUAUGUUGUUACGGGUGUGAUGUAUUGUUCUGUAGACACUCCAGCAUGAGUGAGCUACUCUCAUGAGCUUAGUAUUGUGGGAGGUAUGGCUGCAAGAAACCACGACACGCAUGGUUUUAUACGUGUGGUACUGUUAAAUCAUACUAUUAUAAUUAUAUUUUCCUGUCGUUGGUGGUCUUUGUUUGAGAAGCAAUGGAAUUACGUGUUCUUUAUAUCGUAAUCAACUGUACAUAGCAAAACGUAAUGUUAAAUAGAUUAAGGGGGAGAUUUGAUUGGGUUACAAUGUUAUUGCAGCUGGUGUAUAGGUAUUACUGUUUUUCCGUGUAACGCUUCACAAAUCGAGCGUAAACUGAUGUUGUUUACGCAAAUGUGUGAAAUCGUACCUUGGUAGUACUUAUACAUUGCUGGAUGUAUGUGGUUGCACUAUAGUUGCUAGUAUAGGAUGAUGUCAAACCCCUCCCCCCUCCUUUUACACACUCAGGCUGUUCAUGGCAGUAAUUGUUAAUGAUAAGAUACUGGUGAUGUCACUGUUUCCACCAGCCCUUAUUUUGUAGUUGUGAUCACGUUACUGUGUUCAAUAGACACAUACACUGCGAUGACACCUACAUUGAUAUAUAUAUAUAUAUAGAUAUAUAUAUAUUAUAUAUGGAUAUCUAUAUGGAUAUAUAUAUAUAUAUAUAUAUAUAUAUAUAUAUACAUAUAUAUUAUAUCACAGCGUGAACUUAUGUCGCAGGGAUCAGUGCAGUGGAAGAGAUGGGGAAAAACUUGGCUUUACCAGUGUAGCCCCUUAGCUGCUGUUACACGAGUGAAGGAGUGAAGGGGCGAAGGAGCAACACGGGUAGAGCUAGGGAACACUGUGGUUGUGGUAGAUGCUGGUGAUGCGAUUGAUAAGCCUCAUCGGCUCGUUCUCAUUCAUCUGCGAGCUCAUUAGUAUGUAGUACUACCGGCGUAGCCCCUUCCACUGCAGGGGGCGCUGUAGCGGGAGCGAAGGCGCUAUAGGGGGCGCUGUAGCGGGAGCGAAGGCGCUAUAGUGGGAGCGAUGGCGCUAUAGGGGGCGCUGUAGCAGGAGCGAAGGCGCUAUAGGGGGCGCUGUAGCAGGAGCGAAGGUGCUACGCCGAUAGAUCUAGGGCUAAUUAGUAAUUAGCAGUUGCUGUGUAAGAUGGAUCUCAUCGGUGGUGCAAACAUAGCUCGGACGUACGUCGUCGUCGUUGUGCUGCCUGGCAGAGUGUACGUCAUGUACUACUGCUGUGUGAGUUAUUUUGUCCAUUCCAUGAUAGGAUUUGUACGAGUAGUUGCAGCGCUGUUGCCUAUAGAGCGCAUACGUUUAGUGUAUCAUAGCUUAUAACUCCCCGUACUAUUAGUGAGAUAUAUAUAAUGACCCCCCCCCCCCCUGUGCAAGGUGAUGACGUGUACAGCCUUCGUUAGCCACAUCAAUAUUUAUUAUAUGGAGUGAUCGCACGGGCAUGUGUUAGCGGGAGGGCAGGUGUAAUAGGUUUGGUCAUCUUUUGUUAGCACGUACAUAUUAUGCAUCAUGUUUGUGUGUAAGAAAAGCCAUUGGAAUGUGAGCUGGUAAGCUGGACGUAGGAUUAUGAGAGCACAUAAUAAUAUAUGACCUGCCUAACUUUCACAAUCAUGUACAGUAUGUAGUAAUAGCGCAGUGAAGUAAGACGACUAAGUGAGUAUAAUUAUAGGUUAUAAGGAUAUGAAAUAUAAUAGGAACAGCUGUAUAAUA